CUAUUACCUUGUCACUCUAUUGUUCGUAAACCAAGCUUCCGACAUGGCCUCGUUAGCAGCUUCCACAGCUGCCGCCUCCCUCGGCGUCUCCGAAAUGCUCAAAAACCCUCUCAAUUGCAGUGGUGGAGCUAGGUCGUCGCCUCCCACACCAUCCAACUCCGGCGCUCUCAAGACCGUCGCUCUUUUCUCCAAGAAGAAGGCCGCACCUCCAAAGCCCAAGGCUGCUGCAGUCGCCCCUGCCGACGAAGAGCUGGCUAAGUGGUAUGGUCCCGACAGAAGGAUUUUCUUGCCGGAAGGGCUGUUGGACAGAUCGGAGAUCCCAGAGUAUUUGACCGGAGAAGUGCCAGGAGACUAUGGAUACGAUCCUUUUGGUCUGAGCAAGAACCCAGAAAACUUUGCAAAAUAUCAAGCAUAUGAGUUAAUACACGCAAGGUGGGCAAUGCUUGGUGCUGCAGGGUUCAUUAUCCCUGAAGCCUUUAACAAAUAUGGAGCAAACUGCGGCCCUGAAGCCGUUUGGUUCAAGACCGGAGCUCUUCUCUUGGACGGUAACACCUUGAACUACUUCGGGAAGAACAUCCCUAUCAACCUUGUUGUUGCUGUGAUCGCUGAGGUCGUCCUCGUUGGUGGCGCUGAAUAUUACAGAAUCAUCAAUGGCUUGGAUUUGGAGGACAAGCUUCACCCUGGUGGUCCAUUUGACCCACUUGGGCUAGCCAAGGACCCUGACCAGGCUGCUCUGCUGAAGGUGAAAGAGAUCAAGAAUGGUCGGCUCGCGAUGUUUGCCAUGUUGGGCUUCUUCCUCCAAGCUUAUGUGACCGGAGAAGGUCCGGUCGAGAACCUUGCGAAGCACCUCAGCGAUCCUUUUGGCAACAACUUGCUUACUGUCAUUGCAGGAACUGCUGAAAGAGUUCCCACCCUCUGAUUCUGUUAUCUUUGUCCCCGAGUUGCUGCUGCUUUUUAUGCACUUUGUUGUACAUCAAACUUAUUGGACAAUUCCCAAGCACUUGAACUUUGAAGGAUUUAACCUCAAAUUUGAAGUUUAUCUUCCAUUU